UCCCAUCGCCAACCAUCUUAUCAUAUCACUUCCGUCUCAUAAUAAUUCCCCCAAACAUCUCCCUAUUUUCAUCAAAACCAUUGAACAUCCCAACCUCCGGUGCUUGAUUAGAUGCUCUUUCUCACUGUCGGUCUUCUUGUUCUUUUGACGGCUUAACUGCUGAACUUGUCGGUUUUUCUUUUAGAUUAUCAGUCACGUCAAAUACUUCCUGAUCAUCCUUCAAUUGGCAGAAAAACAGAAACUUGAAUCACCUCCUCCGAGGAUGACACAUCACUUGCCUAAUUUACCAUCCACGUGUUAUCCUGAUGCGGCAGAGCUGGUGCGGGAAAAUGGUCAAAUUUUGAUUCGAGGUUUAUCGUCCAAGAAACCCGGAAAGAAGAACAUAACUUGUCUGCAAACCGGGCACCAGGAGCUACGGUUGCAUGAACUAUACGAGGAUGGUUACGAUAAACAAGUUGUUGCUGCAAACAAAUUCAACGUGCCCCAGCUAGAAGAGGAAGAAGAGAUUGUUCCUCAGCAAACCAUGAAUAAUGAUAGGAAGGUGCCUCAAUCUUGCUACAAGCAACAAUCAAAGGAGAAAAUCAAAUCAAGGAUUGACGAAGAAAGUGAAAAGGUGAGAAAAUCCCUCGAGAAAGAGUGGGUUCCCGAUGAACAAUCCGAAGCCGCUCCGAGCAAAGGCUCAACGAGAAAGAGAAAACCAGAAUCUCACAGCCUAUCUGAAAGGAGACGAAGAGAAAAAAUCAACAAGAAGAUGCGUGCCUUGCAAGAGCUCAUACCCAACUGUAAUAAGAUGGAUAAAGCUUCGGUUCUUGAUGAGGCAAUCGAGUACUUGAAAACCCUUCAGCUUCAAGUUCAGAUGAUGUCAAUGGGAAGUAGUGGUGUUUAUAUGCCUCCGAUGAUGUUACCUGCUCCAUCGAUGCAACAUAUAAAUGCACGGCCCUUGGUUGGUUGUUAUUCUCCCAUGGCUGUCGCAAUGCAGAUGGCACAGUUUCCAUCGACAUCUUCACUAAUUCCGGCGAUCAACCAAGCUAGACUCAACAUGCUUGGCCUCUCUGGUCAGGUGCUAUUAACGUCCAUGCCGCCAUUGCGAUCACCUUUCGUAUCGUUGGCUGCUGCGAGAUUUCCCCAACUACCGGUCCAGACCCCCACCGUAUCCCGAACCUCCGGCCCCGCUGUUACUUUGUCUAAAUCGAUGGAAUGGAAUCGGACACGUUAACUCAAGAAACAUCUGCUGAAGACGAGAGUUAGCAAAUCAGUUGUUAAAAGUCGAUCGUCAUGAAAUUUGAAGUGAAAAUAAAAAUUGAAAGAAGAGAUUGACAUGUAAAUAAUUCGUGUAGGAGCCUAUAAUGGAGUAUCCGGGGCUUGCGGAUGGGAAGGAAGAGCUUUGAAAACUGAGAAUCCGGGGGCUUCUUCGCUUGCUUACACACUGUUUGAAAAUGGAGAAUUUACAGCCAUGGAAUGACUAAUUGAGAAGAUCCCUAUUUCAGCAAGAUUAGUUUAAGCAAAAGACGUGUGAUGAUUUCAGAUUAAGUGUUUCAAUUCCCAAAAGAAACUAGUGGUUAAUUUGCAGUAGGUUCCUUCUUUUAU